UAACCUAUUAAAGUCAACGCAAGACUCGAGAAUGACUUAUCGCAGUCGUACAGUGCUGAGUACGUUAUAGCAACGCAAACAAAAUCAGUCAUCUCGUAGAUACAUCCAGCAGAAGAAAGUUAAAAUUCAUAGCCACGACUGAGUUUAGCCAUCAUGGCAUCUAAUAAUAAAAAAUUCUAUGGAAAAAAUGACAAUAAAAGUUCUAAUAAAAACAAUUCUAAUGAUGGAAAUGAAAAGCGAACCAUGAGUAAGCUAAGAGAAAUGUUCCCAUCUUUUGAAACGGAUAUUUUGACAGCUGUGGGAGAAAACUGCAAGUGGAAGUUGAAUGAAUCAAUCGAUACUCUAAUUACACUUUCAUCUUCUGAUAUUAUCUCAAAUGCAAACAGCAAUUUUAACAAAUCAACUAUAAAAAAUAAUGAAAAAUCUCAUUUAAUGGAAAAGAUCGAGAAUACUUGCAUUGAAGAAAGUGGGGAAGCUUUUUUGAAUUUGGAUGAACAACAACUGAAAGAGCAGCGUGAAGCAUUGCAACAGUAUGAACGACAAGUGGAACUCUGUGGUUUAAAAGUACAGUAUAGAUCCAAAAGCGAAGCAGAAGAAGAAAGUCAUUCCGAUGAUGAUGAUGCUGAUGUUGUAAUUGAAGAAGAAAGCAGUGAUUAUUUACUAAGUUCUCCUAAAGAACAAUACAGAGUAAAUGCUUGCAACUUUUUCGCCAAAACUACCCAAUGUCCGCCAAUGAAUACAUUUCCUAAAGCCCAAUGUGUGACUACACCUUCACCACCACCAACAAAUAUUACUAGCUCUGCAUCAAAUUUUUAUACUGUGCCAUUAGAAAUUGAGUCAUCUACUUCAUUAAAGCAGAAUGUUCAGCAACAGAGUUCUCUUACUGUUGUUAAGAAACCAUACAGUAUAAUUGCAAGUACGACAUCUGCUGCAAAAAAAACUCCUUCAUUGGCAGCCAUCAAAAAUACUAUUAAAGAACCUGCAUAUCAUGAUAAUAUUGAACAGUUAAUUGAUGAGAUAAAAACAGGGUUAAAAAUUGUUAUUAUUAUGCGGGGAAUACCUGGGUGUGGAAAAUCAUAUUUAGCUCAAACUUUGAUUCAACGAACAGUGGGUCUCCAAUUUAAGCAAGAUUGUAUCUACAGUACAGAUGAUUUUUUUACAGUUCAAGGUAAAUAUAAGUUUGAUGCCUGCAAAUUAUCUGAAGCGCAUACUUUCAAUCAAAAGAAAUUCAAGGAAGCAUGCAAAAAGGGCGUGAGUCCGAUCAUCAUUGAUAACACAAAUACUCAAGCUUGGGAAAUGCAGUAUUAUGCUAUCAUUGGAGCAGAAUAUGGUUACAAAAUUGAAACUUUAGAACCCCGUACAUCAUGGGCCAAAAAUCCCAGAGAAUUAGAACGUCGUAAUACUCACGAUAUACCUCUAUCCAAAAUAAACCAAAUGCUGAACCGAUUUGAAGCUAAUAUAAGUGGUGAGCGUCUCCUACGUAUUUACGGAAUUACUUAUCAACCUCAUAAUCGACCGCCACAGUUGCGUGAUUUCCCGCCAUUAGAAUUAAAUAAAAGAUUUGAAAAAUUUGAAAAAAGUUUAAACACUCACAAAGCAAAAAAGGGAUCAAAGAAAUUUAGUGAGCGGCGUCUCAUUGACAAUGAAGCCUUAAAUAUUAUAGCUAAAGAAUAUGCUAAUGUUGAUUUGAAUCCUGAAUCAAAUGAAAGUUCUGAUAACGAAGAAUUUCAGACAGCCAGUAGUCUUGGUGCAGCAUUUGUAGAAAGUACUUCAUUCAAAGAGGAAUCAUUGAAUCAGAGAUUACUUGGAGCCAUUGGAUCUGAACGUAUAAAAAAUCGUGAUACCAGCCCAAAAGACGAACCGAUCCUGGCUAAUAAUAAUGACAAACCUGACGAAGAUCAAAAUGUUGAUCUAAUGAUGUUUUCAUGUGAAAAUAGUUCAAACCGUAAAGUUAGUAUUGAUGACGAUGAUGAUGAUCAAUGGAGCACUACAGAUAGUGAACCAAAAUCAUUAACUGUUGAAGCUGGAAGUAGUGCAUUAAAUGUAUUAUCGUCACCUUCCACAAAAAAUAUAGAUCAAUCGUGUGAAGCAAAAAUGUUAUUACUGACUGCUUCACCGUCAAGCACAGAUGAUACUCCUGAAAGUUUUGAUGCUAGUGGCACCUCUUCUUCUCCUGGCAGUUCUGAACGUACAUCAGACAUUGAUAUAUCUCAAUAUGAAAUGUGUGAUUCUGGCACCAAAGAUAUUGUUAAUAAUAUUAAAGAUCGCAAUCAUAAAACUAAAAAUGAAAAUACUGAACAAACAAGGAGUGUUGCUGUUUCAUCGUUAUUUGAUUACUUCAAAAAUACGUUUCAAAAAAAAGAAGAUGAGAAAGAUGACGUUUUUUUUCUAACUGAAAAUGAUAAUACCAAAAAAUCUAAAAAAGAAAAGUUUGUUAAAGAAAUCUCAUUAGCAAAUAUUUCUACAAAUAAAGAUGAAGUUUUGUCAAGCUCAGAAUCUUCUAACGAUCUUGUUGAUUUAGCUGAAGAAGUCGUUGUUGAUCAGCAUAAUAGUCAAAAUCAGAGUCCAAUAUCAAUAACAGUAGUUGAAGCUAUUCGUGAUGCCAUAUCAGAUUUACAAUUGGUUGGUAAAAAUGAUAACGUUAAUGUUAAUGAUGAAAAAGAAACUCAACAUCAUGUUUCUAAGAAUGAUGCAAAAGAUCAAAAAGAAAAAUGUCAAAAUAGCUCUCCCAUAGAUAAUCGAAAUUUAAUCGAUUGGAAAGAUUCGGGAUUCCCGGUCAGCGAAAUUACUUUGCCAUUACAUAUAAGUUGUUCGACCAUUGAAAAGUCAGUUGAAGCCACUACUCAGGAUAAAGGCACUUAUACUGAACCAUACGAUUUCAAUAUUGCUUACAUAGGCGUUGAUCAUGUUGAAGAUUCAACUUAUUCUUUUCUUACACCUCACUAUCGAGAUAUCAAUCAAAAUGAUCGACGUAGUGAGCAGUCAACAGAAGAAAAAACUCCGUCCAAAAAAUUAAAGUUAAAUAAAGGCACGAUGACUGAAACAUUUUCACUUGAUAGCGCAAUAGUAGCUGACACUGAAAAUAGAAUCGACGAGUUACAGGAUAAAUUCAGAGACUUUCCUAGAGCACUAAUACAAGAGGUUUACAUGAACCUGUGUCAUCAGAGUUUUGAUUGGGCUUGUGAUUUUUUAUCCCAACUACCAGAAGAACAAGCACUCAAAUAUACAAGUUGCAUUACUGAAAUCCAUCGUGAUAAUAUACCCACUGAGCAAACUCACGAAAAUUCGGAAAGAAGUGAUUCUGGAUCGUCAUCACCAAUUCAUGGAACCACUUCAGUAUCUGCUAAAAAAAAACGUUCGAAAGGCACUAGAAAUAAAUUACAUAACAAAGAAAUCAGUAAUUUAGAAAAAGAAAUUCAGAAUAUGUUUAUUUUAAGUGCGGAAAGUUAUCCAGAACAUACUAAAAAAGUUAAACGCUGGAAAAAUCCUAAAAGCACUAUAAACUUUGAUGCUGAUGUUGCUUCUAGUUCAGCUGAUACACAACAGAUUCAAGAAAAUUAUGAUCCUAGUGUGAAUUCUGAAUCAUGUUUCUUGCCAACCAGUACCUUUCCACACCCAGAUAAUACUCAUGACAUGGAAAACAAUUUAGAUAUUUAUUCAAAUGACGAAGAAGAAACUAUUGAACUCAAAUUAGGCCAUGAGUUCAUUAAUAUUCUCGAAUCUGAGUUUGGUGAUUCUUCUAAUCCCCAAAAACUUGAUGGAUUAUUCCCUGUUAUACAAAUAAGAAAAUCUAUGGCGCAACAAUUGUAUUCUCUCUGGAUGGAAAGUAUGCAACAACAACUAUGGAGUAUGCAAAAACAAUUAGAUGCUAUGAUUGCCAAAGAUGCAGAAUACGCAAGAUCCCUAGAAGAAACAGAAGGAGCAUGUGCUCUAAACCAAACAACAGAUCAACAAAAAGAUAAGUCUCCAAAUUUAAAAGAGAUUAUGGAUAUGGAAAUGGCUUUAGCAAUGUGUACUGAUUCUAAUAAUCGUCAUUAUAAAAAAGAAGUACCCAAAGAUAUGGCUUUAAGAGUUGCGCGGCAGACAUUAGAAGAAAUGUUUCCGCAAUAUGAUAGAGAUAUGAUACUUGAUAUAUAUGAAGCACAUGGACGAAAUUUUGAAGAAACUGUAGCUGUUAUCGAAGACAACUGUCAUAGUAAAUCAACUUUAACAAUGGCUGAUGUUGUAAAAAAACAAAAACAUUUGAUAAAUGAGUUACACAAAUAUAGCAAAGUAAAACCAUCUCCAGCAACUGAUGAGGAUGACCAAGCAACAGCUGGAUAUGAAUAUAAUGAUCUAUUGACUCACGAGGCUGUGAUGGAAAUGGCCAAAAAUUCUCGUAUGGAAGCGCAAAGACAGCUUCAACUGUAUAAAAAAAAUAAUGAUAAGGCAGCUGUAGCAUAUAGAUCAAAAAAUGGACUAGUGGCAUCAUAUUAUUCUGAUGUUGCAAAAUUGCACUUACAGAAAGUGCAAUCAGCAAAUAAUGCAGCUGCAUCCAUGUACUUGGCAGCUCAAGUACAUGUACAAAAUACGGAAAAUACUAUCGAUUUACAUUACUUCCACGUUUCUGAAGCUAUGGAUGCUCUGAAAACAUUCUUAAAACGUCAAAUUGACAUAACACCUCCAGGUGGAGAACGAGAUGUAUUUAUCAUUACUGGUCGGGGCUCAAACAGUUUAAAUGGUUGCAAAAUAAGACCAGCAGUAACUGCAGCACUGAAGAAUAAGAAUAUAAGUUUCAGAUUCCCUAACGGAAAUACCGGAAUGAUCAUGGCAACUUUAAAAAAAAAAAAGAAUACAUAGCACUGAAGAAUUUAUUUGUUGAAUAGCGUUUUUCAAGAAAAUUGAAAUUAAAGUGAACUGAAUAGUUUCGGUGUACAAUUUAGAUUUUGUUCAAGUAUUUUAACUGUUAUAUUUCUACUAGUAAAUGUUCAAUUAUACACUAGAAGAAAUAGCGUACUCUGACCUGAAAUAAAAAAAUGUUACAAAUGUGUUUUGUACUUACUUACGUUGCAAACAAUAUUAUAGGUUUGAAGGUAGGCAAGUUUUUUCUACGUAUUUCCUAAUUUUAUUAAACAUGUACAUGGCAAAAUUUGUUUAAAAUCAAUCAUAGCCACAAUUAUAAACAAUAUGGAACCGAA